GAGUGUGCGCUUGGCCAGCUUCGCUUCCGGUGCCCUGCGUCGGGACGCCGCCACGGCGCUUUCCGAGGCAUGCCGCGAUCGCUGCCCGGAGGUGGUGGUCCUGCCACUCAGUUUCUGCGAGGCGCACCACGGUGAGAAGAUUGACCUGCCGACACCUCGUUGCCUCCGAGCGGUAAGGCAGCCGAGCGAGCGGAAAGGAGGCGGCCUGUUACUCGCCACGGGGCCUCUGCAGCACCGCGGCGAUGGCUCGCGCAGCUUCGCGGUGGAGCUCCAGGUCCUGUCACCUUGCGAGCGCUUGGACAUCGGCGUUACGGCGAAGGCUCCCCACGAGCACUGGGGCGGGGGCAACCUCGCCCGGUGGGCCCGUCCUCAGGUUGCCUUCGCCGAGGACUUGCUGAGCAGCUGGAUCGUAGAGUCUUCUGGCUUGCUUGUCGGCAGCCAUGCAGGACUGCGCAUCCGAGACGAGCGAUGGAACGCGAGGUCCCUCCUGGCAGGUGACCUCUUGAGGCUGACGGUCACCGGAGCUGGUGAGAUUGUGCUCGAUGUGAACGGGAACCCACGUGCCCAGUGGCGGGCGCAGAUUCCCACGGA